AUGCGGAACAUGCCAGUUGCAAUGACCACUAUCGCCAUCAUCGCGGCGGCGAUGCUGCCGGACGCGGCGGCGCCGGCCUGGGCGCAGGAUGGAGCGGAGACCGAACGGUUCGACUGGCCGUCGCACAAUCUCGACCUGUACGGCAGCCGCUACGCCGCGAUCGACCAGAUCGACACGUCCAACGCCGGGCGGCUGGAGCUCGCCUGGUCGGUCGAGAUGGAACGGGAGCACGUCAUCACGCAGGUCACGCCGAUCGUCGUCGACGGCGUCCUGCACUUCAACGACGCGGCCGGCGCCGCCUUCGCGCUCGACGGAGCGACGGGCGAGCGGCUCUGGACGAGCGACUUCGAUCCCGACUCGAUCUCGAAGCGGGUCAUCCGCCCGCGCGGCCCGGGUUACGGCGGCGGCCGGCUCUACCCCUUCUAUGGCACGACGAUCUUCUCCAUCGACCCGGCGAGCGGCGAGCCCGACCCGGCGUUCGGCGACGGCGGGCGGAUCGACAUCGUGGCGGCCGCGCUGCACUACAAGAUGAUGGCGCCGCCCGCGUACCACGACGGCACGCUGUACGCCGGCGUCGGACUCUCGGACCAGCACAUCCCCGGCGGGCUCGUCAUCGCGGCCGACGCCAGGACCGCGGAGAUCCGCUGGGUCUUCAACACCAUUCCGCAGCGGCCGUCCGACGAGGGCUACGACGUGGCGCGGCCGACCUGGGGCGACGGCCUGCGUGCCGGGGGCGGCGUCUGGACCGUGCCGGCGAUCGACCCGGAGCUGGGUCUGGUCUACGUCAACGCCGGCAACCCGUCGGCCGACUACGACGGGUCGGGGCGGCCGGGGAUGAACCUGUUCACCAACGCCACCAUCGCGCUGCGCAUGGACACCGGCGAGAUCGCCUGGUACUACCAGGCCAUUCACCAUGAGGUGUGGGAUAUCGACCACGUGACCGGGCCGAUCCUCUUCGACGCGACGCGCGACGGCCGGACGGUGCGCGGCGUGGGGGCGGGCGGCAAGAACUGCCUGAUGUAUAUGUGGGACCGGGCGACCGGCAAGCCGCUCAAUCCGAUGGUCGAGACGGCCGUGCCGACCGAAACCGACGUGCCGGGCGAGCAGAUCUGGCCCACCCAGCCGUUCCCGUACACCGCGCGCGGCGUGCCGAUGGAUCCAUUCUGCGCCACCUAUCCCAUCGUGACCGACCCGGCGGACCAGCAGUGGGUGCGGCAGCUCUACACGCCCUAUUCGAUGACCCACGGCUACAUCGUGGCGCACGGCGGGUCGAGCUGGGGGCCGCCGUCGUUCUCCCCGCGCACGGGGUUGCUGUACAUGACCGGCAAGGACGGGUCGAUCGCGCUGACCGUGCGGCCGGUCGGCGAUUCGAUAGAGGUCGGCCAGGGGCGCGGCGGCAUGACGUCUCAGGUGGGAUCGAAGCGUGACCAGAUGCCGCCGGAGCUCACGCUCACGGCGUACGAGCCGGGGACCGAUACGGGCCAGUUCUACGCCUUCGACGCGCGGACGGGCGAGCAGCUGUUCGAGUACGUCAGCGACAAGCCGGUGCGCUCCAGUCCAAUGACAUAUCAAGUGGACGGCCGGCAGUACAUCGUGGUGGUCGCCAGCAACGAGAUCCUGGCGUUCGCCCUCCCGGCAUCCUGA